AUGGACAGGGAUCUGAGUGACGAGGACAGUGCGGCCGACCUCAGCUUCGAGGCCGAGAGCCCUCUGGAGCCUCCAGGCGAGCUCCUGGAGAGGCUGCCCAGCUGUGACUGCCUUGUUCAAGGAGGCGGACAGCAGAUCUUCUUCCCGCCCUUGGAGGCCCCGCGGAGACCCCAGCAACAAACAUGCUGGUCCUCGUUCCUGCAACACAGCAGAGUCCCCAUGGUGACGGAGGAGGUGGCGCGUGAAGCCCUCCUCAGCUUCGUGAGCUCCAAAUGCUGCUAUGGCCGCUCAGCCGCCAGGGACCUGGUCAUCCAGCAGAUGAAGCAGCAGAUGCUGUGCCGGUAUCGACUGGAGACUUUCAGCGAAUCCAGGAUCAGUGAAUGGACAUUUCAACCCUUCACUAACCAUGUGGUGGACGGGCCGAGAAGAGGGACCUCCCCCAAGCUCUGGGACAUCAAGGUCCAGGUCCCCCCGAUGUUCCAGGAGGAAACCAGGAAGUUCCAGGUCCCUCACUCGUCACUGGUCAAGGAAUGCCACAAGUGCCACGGGCGGGGACACUACAAGUGCAGCGGCUGCCACGGGGCCUCCAUGGUGAGGUGCCCCUCCUGCAGCGGAGCCAAGCGCAGAGCCAAGCAGCCCGGGCGGUGCCAGCUGUGCGCGGGGUCGGGCAGGCACAGGUGCAGCACGUGUUCGGGACGGGGGAACAAGACCUGUGCCACCUGCAAGGGCGAGAAGAAGCUGCUGCACUUUGUCCAGCUGGUCAUCGUGUGGAAGAACAGCCUGUUUGAGUUUGUGUCUGAGCACCGGCUGAACUGCCCCGCACAGCUCCUAGCCAAAGCCAAAGGAGAGAACCUCUUUAAGGACGAAAACACGACGGUGUACCCCCUGGCGGACUUCCCGCUGCGGGAGAUCUCGCUGGCCUCCCAGCGCGGCGUCGCCCAGCACAGCGCCGCCACCCUGGCCUCCAGGGCCCGCGUCCUUCAGCAGCGCCAGACCAUCGAGCUGAUCCCGCUCACGGAGGUGAGUUACUGGUACCAGGGGAAGACGAGCGUCUACUACAUCUACGGUACCGACCACCGGGUGUACGCGGCCGACUACCCGGAGCGGUUCUGCUGCAGCUGCACCAUCCUCUGA